AUGGAUGGCAACGAGGGAGGGACCUACCUGGACAUGGAGAACGAUGCUGUUGGGAAGGCCUUUGGAUCUCCUCCCGUCUCAGCACAGAAUGAAUCUAUGACGGGAUCGGGAAGCUACAAAACAUCAAUUGCUAUGAACGAUGACUUCUUCUUACAGGAAGGAUUCACUUACACAGGUCUGCUACUUGGUGAUAUAACACAUCCUGCAGUGUAUGAAACACAAGAUGAGCAGGAUAACAUUAAAGAUUCUUCUGCUACAAUGCUCGGAGACGAAGAGGAUAAUCCAUGGGAUGUCAGCAUGUUCAACGACAUACAGCUAGACGAGGUAUAUGAUGCUGGAACAAUAGACAAUCAACAACAAACUAAAGCUGGGGGAUCACAUGAUAAAGCAUCCACAAGUGCAAGCAAUGACACCCAAAAAAAUCCAGAAGAAAAAGAGAAUAUAACUGAAGAAGACAUUAACAAUUUCAUGUCAAAUGAAGCGCUAGCUACUGAAGGAGUUCCCAGAAAUGAAGAUACCGAAAAUGACAGUGCAAGCCAAUUGAUACCUGAGGUUGGCAUGGAGUUCCAGACAAGAGAGGAAACACAAAAGUUCUUCAACUUGUAUGCUUACGUAGUUGGAUUCUCCGUCAGUUGUGUAUCAUCUUAUCGUACUACAAGCAAAAAGAGAAACAAUGAGGUCAUAAGGUUCACAAUGAAAUGCAACAAAUAUGGGGUAAACAAUCAGACAGAGGCUGACAACAUUGUGGCACAGAGACAAAGCACAGUUAUAGCCAAGUCAAAUUGCAAGGUUGAAAUGGUAGCCAGCGAGAAACAUGGGAUAUGGACAAUAACAAGCAUCAAUCUAUUGCACAACCAUGAACUAUGCCCUCAAAGUAGAUUCUAUAGGUCACACAUAUACAUGUCGGAUGGUGAAAAGGAAAUGAUUAGAACAAUGAAACAUUGCAAUAUGCCUACACGGGACAUGGUAGCAGUUUUGGCAUUCAUCAGAGGAGGCAUGGCACAAUUACCAUACAACAAAAGAAAAGUCAGCAACUACAGCUCAAGUAUAAACAGGGAAGUCAGUAACAAUGAUAUGAUGGAGGUACUUGAUUGGUUUUCAAAGAAAAAAGCAGAAAAUCCAGGAUUCCAUCAUGCCAUUGACUUGGAUGGUGAAAACAAAGUGCGGAGUGUAUUUUGGGCAGAUGCUAGGGCCAGACUGUACUAUGACAUAUGUGGAGAUUGUGUGAGCUUUGACACUACAUUCCUUACUAAAAAGUACAAUCUCCCAUUUGCCCCGUUUGUUGGUGUGUCGCCACAUGGAAAAACAUACCUUUUUGCAUGUGCAUUCAUAAUAAAUGAAAGUGCAGAAAGCUUCGAGUGGUGUUUCAGACAAUUCAAGGAAGCAAUGGGCGGCAAGUGCCCAAAAACUAUUAUAACUGACCAAGAUAAAGCAAUGGAUAAUGCUAUAAAAGCAAUUUUCAAAGAAGCAGUGCACAGAUGUUGCUUGUUCCAUGUCAAGAAGAAAAUCGAUGAUAAAGGAGGGACAGUGUUCCAAGCAAAUGAAGGACUAUAUGAAGAAUUACAGGACGUGAUAGACAAAUCAUUAACAAUCCAUGAAUUUGAAACACUGUGGCAGGCAAUGAUAAAGGAGCAUAAUGUAGAGCAUGUCAAAAUAUUUCAGGAUCUUUGGAAAAGUAAGCACAAGUGGGUGCCAGUUUACUUCAAGGAUAAGUUCUUCCCAUUCAUCCAAACAACAGCUAGAAGUGAGGGAACCAAUGUGUUGUUCAAAAAAGGAGUAGGUCCGCAAUUCAGCAUGACAAGCUUCCUAAGGGAAUACCAGCGCAUAAUGGAUAACAUGCAUGCAGUUGAGGAUGAGCUGGAUCAUAAUGCAAUAAAUAAGAAAAAACUACUAAAGGAUGUUACAAGACUACAACUCAGGGAAGAAUCAAAAGGCAGAAUAUACUGGGUGUUUCAGGCAAAAAAUUACCCAAUAAAGGAGCACAGACAGAGAGAUUACCUGGUUCAAGUGAAUGAGCAAACAGAAGAAUACUCAUGCAUAUGUUGUAAAUUUCAAAAAGACGGUCUUCUCUACUCUUAUAUAUUGAAAAUAAUGCUGCACCUACAAGUAGAAAAGAUACCUGAUAAGUACAUUAUAGAGAGGUGGCGCAAGAGAGAAAAAAAGCUAUUCAAUGAUACUGUGCCAGCGCCAAAUGAGGACAGCAUAGUUUUGAGAUUUAAUGUACUUUCACGGCUGUUGGGACACACAGCAUCUAAUGGUUCUAAGAAUAAGAGAAAGUACCAGUACUUGCUACAAGAAAUUCCAAGGAUAGAAGCAGAAAUGGCAAGAAUGGACACUGAAACUGAACAAGUUUCAACAGUGGGACAGAAUAGUUCAGUAAGAACAGUUGUUAACUUGGACCCAACAGCUGAAAGUGCACCAACAAUACAACGAUUAGACCCAGAUGUUGUUGAUACAAAGGGCCGACCUAGAUUGCUAACUAUAAAGGAAAGAAUCAAGCAGAACAAGUUUUACACAUGCAGCCACUGUGGUUCUACUAAACAUACAAAGAAAAAUUGUGAUAAACUGCAUUUGACAUUCAAUUUACCAAAGAAGAAAAGAGUACAGACACUCAAGGAGAUCGAGGUAAAUCAAAAAAGACAAAGAGUGAUGCACAAGAAAGUGGGUUGGACCAACAAAUGA